AUGGAGGAUGAUUCAGGUACUCUGAUAACUAACAACAAUGAGAUUGCUUCUAAUCUUAUCAAUUAUUUCUCAAGCAAAUUCAAACAACAGUCUGUAGAAAUUUCUGAUACCAUAUUAAGUGCUACUCCUCAGGUUAUUAAUGAUGAUGAUAAUGCUUUAUUGGAAAGCAUUCCUUCUAGAGAGGAAAUUAGAAAUGCAGUUUUUGAAUUAAAUCAAGAUGGAUCCUCUGGUCCAGAUGGAUUCACUGGAAUUUUUUAUAGAUUUGCUUGGGAUAUUAUUCAAGAAGAUUUGGUUGAAGCAAUAAAAUACUGCUGGCAAUAUCAAGUGAUUCCUCCUGGAGUUAAUUCAAACUUUCUCGUGCUUCUUCCUAAAGUUAAAGGUGCUAAAAGGGAUGAUCAGUUUAAACCCAUUGGUUUAAGCAAUGUUUUCUUCAAGAUAUUCACAAAGAUUAUCAUAGUUAGAAUGAGUGAUAUGCUGCACAAAUUGGUAUCUCCUCAACAAUAUAACAUCUUCAUUUUCUGUAAUGGUGGCAAAACAAGUAUUCAACAUCUUAAACACCUAUUAUUUGAAUACCAACAAGCUUCUGGACAAACAGUGAGUGCUGAUAAAAGAAAGUUUUUUGUUGGAGGUACUUCUAUUAUAAGAGGUAAUCAACUUGCUAACCUUAUGAAUAUGAAAUUAUUAUCAUUUCCUGAAAAAUACUUAGGUGUCAUGCUGGUUCAAGGAAGAGUUAAAACUGAACACUUAUGGUCAUUUGUGGAAAUGCUACAAAGAAAACUUGCUGCAUGGAUUUGUAAAUUGUUAACCUUUCAAGCAAGAUUAACUCUUAUAAGAUUUGUAUUAAGUAGCAUUCCUCUGUAUAAUAUGUCUAUUUACAAGUGGCCAAAGAAAGCGAUAAAGGCUUGUGAAAGAAUUAUUCGAAAUUUUCUUUGGAGUGGAAAUGCAGAAGAUAAGAAGUGUGUAACUAUUUCUUGGGAUCAAGUUUGUUAUCAUGUAGAAGAAGGUGGGAUUGGAAUAAGAAAGUUUGAAGAUAUCAACAAAGCAUUAUUGAUGAAACUUUUGUGGAGGAUCUUAAACUCAAAUGAGGAAUGGGCCAGAUUUUUUCUUGCAAAGUACAAAGACAAACAUGACUGUUGGAUUUCAUAUUAUAAACAAUCCUCUGUGUGGCCUGGAAUCAAAUGGAUACUACAGGAUUUCCAUGAGCAUACUAGGUGGAUUGUGGGAAAUGGUGAUCAAAUUUAUGUAUGGAGGGACAAUUGGAUUCUGGAACAAAGCAUCAUCAAACUUUUUCUUGAUAAUGAUUAUAUCAAACAGAAUAUCCAUAUGAAGGUCAGUAACUUGAUUGUAAACAACAAAUGGAUGAUACCUGAGGAAAUGCUUCAAUUUUUCACUACUUCUGACUUUCCAACUAUUGUUCCUGGUAAAGACAAAAUAAUCUGGACUGCAGCUCAAAAUGGUAAGUUUUCUGUGGCUAGUGCUAUUUCUUUCAUCAGAACUGACUUUCCCAAACUUAAAUGGUAUAAACUUAUUUGGAAAAAGUGUAUACAUCCAUCAACUUGUAGUAAUAUUUGGAAGAUUACUAGGGGUGAUUGUGCCACAGAUGAAAAUUUGAAUAAAAGGGGCUUUCAUCUAGUUUCAAGAUGUUACAUUUGUAAUGAAUAUCAAGAUUCCAUGAAUCACCUCUUGUGGGAAUGCAAUUAUGGUCAGAUACUAUGGAAUUGUCUUGGUGGCAUUUUUGCUUUCAAGAAUCCAAAAUCUUUUGAAGACAUUCUAGCUUGCAGUAAACAAAAAAGUACAGUAGUGCAAGAGAUAUGGUUCAUUGUUGCUUUUAAUGUUAUGGUAUAUAUUUGGCUCACAAGGAACAUAGUCUUUUUUGUCAGUGUGGCACAAAAUGUGGUAAAUGCUAAAAGGAGAAUUCUCAUAAUGGUUAAGGAUUGUGAAGUAAGGCUUAAGGGAUAUACAAAUAAUUCUAAUUAUGAUACUUCUAUUAUGCUCUUCUUUGAGAUUAAAUACAAGAAGAUGAAGACUCCAAAAAUUAUUGAAUGCUUCUUUCAUCUGCCUGAGGAGAACUAUAUCUUGUUAUGCUGUGAUGGAGCCUCAAGAGGUAAUCCUGGUAUCUCUGGAUAUGGUUUUGUCAUUAGGGAUUGUUAUGGCCAUUUUAUUGCAGCUGAAAGUGGUGGUCCUGGUAUAACUACAAACUUUUUAGAUGAAGUAAUGGGUACUCUGUGUGCACUAGAAUGGGCAGUCCAACAUAACCAGCUUCAAGUGAUUGUGAAUGCUGAUUCCAAGGAUUCCAUAGAAGUCUUCUCCAACAACAAUCUUCCUUGGUUUGCAUUGUCUAGAUGA